AUGGAGGCAAGGGGCAGGGGCAGGCCCCACUGGCUGGGCCCCCUCCUGGCUCUCUGCCUGACCGCCCUCCCUGGCAGCAUCGCCUGCCCCCGGCUCUGUGCCUGUUACCUCCCCACCGAGGUGCACUGCACCUUCCGGUACUUCACGGCCGUCCCGCCGCACAUCCCUCCCAACGUGGAGCGCAUCAACCUGGGCUACAACAGCUUGCUUAAACUGACGGAAACAGAUUUUUCUGGCCUGGAGAAACUGGAGUUAUUGAUGCUGCACAGCAAUGAGAUAAACACAGUCCCUGAUAAGGUGUUCAGUGAUUUAUGUUCAUUACAGGUCUUAAAAAUGAGCUAUAACAAGGUCAGAGUACUUCAGCAGGAUGUUUUUUAUGGUCUAAAGAGCUUGGUACGUUUGCAUAUGGACCACAAUAAAAUUGAAUUUGUAAAUCCCAACGUUUUCUAUGGACUCACAUCACUGAGGCUGGUCCACUUGGAAGGAAAUUUACUUCAGCAGCUUCACCCAGAUACUUUUGUCACCUUGCACUAUAACAAAAUAUUUAAAGUAUCUUUCAUGAAGCACAUCUAUUUGUCUGACAACAAGUUGACUUCACUGUCCCAAGAAACAUUUUCCUACUUGUCUGAGCUGGAGAGCAUUUACCUUCAUGGAAACCCAUGGUCCUGUGACUGCAGUCUGCAGUGGCUUGCAGAAUGGACAGAGGAGAGGCCAGAUGUUUUAAAGUGCAAAAAAGACAGAAGUUCCGGUGCUCAGCAAUGCCCAGUUUGUGCUAGUCCCAGAAAUCAUAAGGGGAAAAGCUUAGUGGAGAUUCCUUCUGCAUCUUUAAUCUGCUCUAAGCCAGCCAUACAUGACUCCCUGAAACUAAAAAACCUCACGCUGCCAGGUGAUGGGGACUUCAGCUCCGUGUCUCCCAGGGACUUCAUAGCUCCUAUAGGAUCCAUAGUUUUGAACAUGACUGACCAACCAGGACAUCGAGGUGAUUUGGUCUGCAACGUCCAAAAACCUAAAGAAAUGUCUCCCAUCUCCUUUGACAAAGAUGGCAAUGGCACAGUUCUCAAAACAUCAUUUUCAACAUCUCUUGUGUGUGGCAUUGAUGAUGAACGCAUUCAGCAGCUAUGGAGCAUUCUGGCACUGUACAGUAAUUCUCCCUUAAAACUGGAAAGGAACGUCUUAACAACUAACAAGUCUUUUAUUAGCUACAAAUACAAACAGAUCUACCCUGAGAAGGAUGAACUCUUCACCAAUAUAGAGAGCGAAGUGCGAGCCGAACCCUCGUGGUUGAUGCAAAGCAAAGUGGCGUUACAGCUGGACCGGACAGCAACCACGCUCAACACGCUGCACAUCCGCUACUCUGCAGAUGCCCAGGUUAUUUUGCCCAGUCCUGACAAAAACCAGGUGAGCAAUAACUGGACCAUCAUCUCCAGAGACAACCAAACACGGACGGAGCACACUGUUUUAGUCGGGGGGACCGUAGAACUCGAGUGCCAAGCAGUCGGAGAACCAGCUCCUGCAGUGGAGUGGAUCCUGGCCGAUGGGAGCAAGGUCAGAGCUCCCUACCUCAGCGAGGACAGAAGAAUCGCAGUAGUCAGAACUGGAACGCUCACCUUACGGACAGCUGACACUUUUGACACGGGACUUUACCACUGCAUAGGCACAAAUGACAACGAUGCAGAUACUCUCACGUUUAGAAUUACCGUGGUUGACCCCCACGUGGAACACGACAGCAUAAAUGGAGCCCAGCUUUCUCCGCGUGUUGGUAGCACGCUGUACCUUCCCUGCACAUCCACCGGGGCACCAGACGCUGCCAUUAGCUGGGUGUUACCCCAGCACAUGAUUCUCCAUCGCUCUGUAAGAAACAAACAUAUUUUUGACAAUGGCACCUUGAGAAUACAGGGGGUGACAGAGCGAGACAGUGGCUACUUCAGAUGUGUUGCAGCCAACCACUACGGUGUUGAUCUUUUGGUUUUUCAAGUGCUUGUUAGGCGGGAUAAAUCCACUCUAAAGGACAAGCACGCAGCUGCGGGAGGCUGGGAAGAGGGCGAGGGCUCUGGCGAUGCAAUGCUGGCCUCUGCUGCAACUCAGGAACAGCCUUUGGGGACUCCAGCUACCUUGAGAGCUCAUCAGGGAUCUGCUGCCUCUGCACCCAGGAAUCGGGUCACACAGAGCGCACCCAGCAGGGAUGGCCACGGGCUGGUGCCUUACAGGCACUACCAGGACAAAAUGAGCAGGCGGUUUAGAGGCCGCAGGAGGCAAUUUGUGUCCUCAGCCAGGAGAGUUGAUCCCCAGCACUGGGCAGCCUUCUUGGAAAAAUCAAGGAGGAACUCAAUAGUGAUAGAAAAACGAGGAGAAACUGCAACAAAGUCACCUGUUCAAGUCCAUAAAUUCUCAGAAGUACCUGGGGAUGAGGGGGAAACAUCUGGUGAUCUCAGAUCCCCAGAAGAAUUCAUGAUACCACUAACAGAGACAGCCACCACGCCUGCUCCGGGGAGAGCAGUGGGAGGCAUGAGAACUGCAGGGCCCGAGGUGCCCAUGAGGAGCAACCCUGCCAGGAAAGCCUCCCUCCUGGAAAUUCAGAGUAUUCAGGAUGUCACAACUAUUACACACCAGGCCCAGCAGCAAUACGAAAGACGAAGGAAAGUUUCUGGUAGGAGACAAAUUGUUAGACCAGGACAUGUUCCAAGUAUGAAAGAGCACAGAUACAAUUUUGGGAGACCAGGCUCUGAACCAUCUGUGGAAAUCACAGAGAGAGGCAACACGUUACCUGUCAAUACCGUGACCACGCUGAAGUCACCACAGAUCACAACCCCGUAUGCUCUUCUGUGGGGAAGGGAUAAGGGCAGUUCUGUCAACAGCUGGUCUGAAAAGAGACAAGAUCAAGAAACUACAGCCCCCAGUCCUAUAGGUUUGGACUCUUUAAGCAGAAAUCAUUUUGCAAAGCCCAGAAUAACUGGAGGGAAAUUAGCUGCUUUUACUGUCCUAGCUAAUUCAGAUGCUUUUAUUCCUUGUGAAGCUACUGGUUACCCCCACCCAACAAUACAGUGGACCAAGAUAUCAUCAGGGCGCGACGCUGCGGAAGGCCGAGGCGAGGGCCGGUGGCUGGUGUUUGCCAACGGCACACUCUCCAUCGCCCGGGUGGGCCUGGAGGACCGCGGGCAAUACCUGUGCACCGCGGCCAACGCGCACGGCGCGGCACAGCUCCUGGUCACCCUCUCGGUGGUGGCCUACCCGCCCCGCGUCACCGGUGCACGGUGGCAGCUCCGCACCGCUCACUCCGGAAAGCCGGUGGCACUCAAGUGCAAAGCUGAGGGCAGGCCCCCACCCGCCAUCUCCUGGGUUCUCGCAAAUAAAACGCACAUCUCCCGCUCCUUGGCAGGGAAGAGCAAGGCUCACGUGGAACCGGACGGCACUUUAAUUAUCAAGGAAGUCACUGUUUAUGACAGGGGCCUCUACACGUGCGUGGCUAAAAACCCAGCCGGCGCCGACACGCUGGAGGUAAGACUGCAGGUGAUCGCGGCACCUCCCGCCAUUCUGGAGGAGAAGAGACAACACGUUGAAGGAAUGAUGGGGGGAAAUCUGGAACUCCCUUGCACGGUGAAAGGGAAUCCUCAGCCCAGCGUCCACUGGGUCCUCUUUGACGGCACGGUGGUGAAACCUCUGCAGUUUGUAAAGGCAAAGGUGUUCCUGUUCUCCAACGGCACUCUCCACCUCAGCAACGUGGCCCCUUCUGACAGCGGGAAUUACGAGUGCAUAGCCACAAGCUCCACGGGCUCGGAAAGAAGGGUGGUGAGCCUCGUGGUGGAGCACAGGGAUACGCUCCCAAAAAUAGCUACUGCCUCUCAAGAAAUGACUCGACUGAAUUUUGGGGAUAAGUUGCUUCUGAACUGCACCGCAACUGGGGAGCCCAAGCCCAGGAUCAUCUGGAGGUUACCCUCCAACGCAGUCGUUGACCAGUGGCACAGGAUGGGAAGUAGAAUCCACGUGUACCCCAACGGAUCCUUGGUUAUUGAGGCAGUUACUGAGAAGGAUGCAGGUGACUAUUUGUGUGUUGCAAGAAACAAAAUUGGAGAUGAUCUGCUACUGAUGAAAGUCAGCAUCACAAUGAAACCAGCCAAGAUCGAUCAGAAACAGUAUUUCAAGAAACUGGUGCCAUAUGGAAAAGAUUUCCAAGUAGACUGCAAGGCCUCUGGGUCACCCACACCAGAAAUCUCCUGGAGUUUGCCAGACGGGACGGUGAUCAAUAACGCGAUGCUGGCAGAUGAUAGCGGACGCAGGUCUCGCAGAUAUGUCCUCUUUGACAAUGGAACUCUGUAUCUCAACCAAGCUGGAGUAACGGAAGGGGGAGAUUAUACCUGCUAUGCUCAGAACACCCUGGGAAGAGAUGAAAUGAAGAUACGCAUCAUGGUCGUCAUGUCAGCUCCUCAGAUAAAGCACAAUUACAAGACAUACAUUAAAGUGAAAGCUGGAGAUAAGGCAUUACUGGACUGUGAAGCUGUUGGAGAGCCCACGCCAAAAAUAUUCUGGUUGCUACCUUCCAGUGACAUGAUCUCCUCAUCAACAGCCAGACACUUCCUGCACGUCAAUGGUUCUCUGUCAGUCAGUCAAGUGAAGCUGUUGGAUGCUGGGGAGUAUAUGUGUGUCGCUCGUAAUCCUGGAGGGGAUGAUACGAAAUUGUAUAAACUGGAUGUUGUGGCUAAACCACCUGUCAUCAACGGUUUAGAUGUGAACAAAACAAUCAUGAAAGUGACGGCAGUGAGGCAUUCCAAGAAACAGAUUGACUGUAGGGCAGAAGGAACACCUCCCCCUCAGAUUAUGUGGAUCAUGCCCGAUAAUAUUUUCCUAACAGCUCCAUAUUAUGGAAGCAGGAUUGUAGUACACAAAAAUGGGACCCUUGAGAUUCGGAACAUAAGGCCUUCAGACACAGCAGAUUUUAUCUGUGUGGCUCGUAACGAUGGGGGAGAGAGUAUGCUGGUGGUGCAGCUGGAGGUAUCAGAAAUGCUAAGGCGUCCAAUGUUUAAAAAUCCGUUCAAUGAAAAAAUAAUAGCAAAACCUGGGAAAACUACCACAUUGAAUUGUUCUGUGGAUGGAAACCCUCCACCUGACGUAAGCUGGAUGUUGCCUAAUGGCACAUGGUUUUCCAGCAGCAUCAAGACGCCCGAGUUCCUCACGGGAAGCAACGGCACCCUUACCAUCCAUAGUCCCGACGGAGACAAAGCAGGAAAGUACCGCUGUGCUGCCAGGAACCAAGUUGGCUACAUAGAGAAGCUGAUCAUCGUGGAGCUUGGCCAGAAGCCCAGUAUUCUCUCUCGCCCAGCAGGGCCAGUCAGGGGCUUUAGUGGGGAGUCGCUGUCGCUUCACUGCCUGUCUGACGGGAGUCCCAGACCAAACACCGCGUGGACUCUGCCCAGUGGGCAGGUGCUGGACCGACCGCAGAUCAACCGCAGACACAUUCUGCUGGAAAAUGGCACGCUGGUCGUACGAGAGGCCACUGCUCACGACCGAGGGGAUUACGUGUGUACGGCCCGCAACGAUGUGGGAGACUCCUCCAUGAGGAUUCCAGUCAUCAUCGUGGCCUAUCCCCCGAGGAUUGCCAACAGGCCACCGCAGACCGUACGCACCGUGCCUGGCGCAGCGGUCCGACUCCACUGCACGGCGCUGGGAGUGCCCAGGCCGGAGGUCACCUGGGAGCUGCCCGACCACUCCGUGCUCUCUGCAGGCCACCAAGGCCGAGCCGCUGGGAGCCAAUGGCUCCACCCCUCAGGGACGUUACUCAUCCAGAAUCCCCAGCCCACAGAUUCUGGCGCGUACAAGUGCACAGCGAGGAACCACCUCGGCAGUGAUUUCACAGUAACAUACAUUCACGUCAUCUGA